UAAGACAUCGAUAAGAAUACGAUGGUCCUCACUCUUCUGUCUUUCAUCCUUGUCCUUGCUGGACAGACAGCGGGAACAAUUAUCAAAGUUCCGAAUGGAGGUCAGUGGGGUACAUGGGGUACACUGGAUAAAUGUGCUCCUGGGACCAUGGCAAAAGGUUUCACCCUGAAGGUGGAGAGUGUACAAGGCCGAAACGAUGACACAGCUUUGAAUGGAAUUCGCCUGCACUGUGUGAGAUGCCAGUUUCCGCACAAUGAGAUGACAAUCAAUUCUACCGUUGCAAACUGGGGAACCUGGGGCUCAACUUUCUGGUGUCCGAUUGGCUAUCUAAUGUCAUUCUCACUGAGGGUAGAGGGCCCUCAAGGAACGAAUGAUGACACUGCGGCAAACAACAUCAAAUUUAAAUGCUCCGAUGGUAACAUUCUCGAAGGAAAUGGCCUCAGCUGGGGGACUUAUGGAGACUGGAGCAGCAACUGCACCAUGGGAAUUUGUGGGAUGGAGGCAAAAGUAGAAGUAUCCCAAACUGUGGGAGAUGACACGGCCCUCAAUGAUGUGAGAUUUACCUGCUGUGAUAAGCAACCAACACCACAUGCACAUGCUAAGGGACACUGAUCACUGUUCUCAGUGCGAAACAAGGUUCAAAACAAUAAAUAAAACUUCUAUGAGCAGUGCAGUGUGAAGACUAUGCUUUCAAAUUAAAUGCAGCAUCUUCAUUGAUUCAUAUUUAAUGAUUAUCCACAGCCGCAAACUAUUAACCUAAUACA